GGUCACAAGCUAGGCGGGGAAAAGGGUGAGGGCACCAAAGACACAUCAUUUGCUGAUUUGGUUAUAGCUCUGUGGCACUGACAGCCUCCAACCAGGAAACACACCCCAGCCAGUCGAAUUGUUACAUAGGAAGUCAAACUAUUGCACGUCGCGAUUGUUGCCUUAGUUCCGGAUCAUAGAGGCAGAACGUGGAGCUAGAAGGGAUCCUGCCAAGCUAGCUUCUCUAUUUCCGGGUGUAUGAACUCUGCAUGAUUCGCAGGGAGGGUUGAUUCCGCCGGCUUCAGUCGCUCAGCGGGGAAGCAAUUACAUUCACCCAAGCUGCGGGGAAGAGAGCAGCAACAGAUAUGUCUGAGAACACCACACCUAAUGAUGACACAUUACCUGCAGCCGAAGGCCAAGAGGUGCUGACAAUGGCUCAAGAUUCACCAAGAAGUGAAGUGGCUGAAAUUCAUGUUACCAGCAAUGGAGAAGUUGAUAACACAUCAGAACAUAAUUUUAAUUUGAAUGACCUAAAGCGUUCAAUAUCAGCUGGGCUUGGUCUUUCUGAAACUCAGAUGACCUCACAUGGCAUUGAUAGCACCACAGAAGGUAUCAUUGAAUCGGGACCCUUUCAAGGUUCCUUCACUACUCCCAGGUAUCCAGUAAUAUCCCCUAGCAGUGCAGCAGCUAGCAGACUGGCUGACCAAGGAGAUGAUAUAAUUGUUCCCCCAGCUGAGCAGCAGAGGACACAGCAGACAAGUGGGCCAGUUGUUCUUGCAGAGGAACCUAGAAGCACAGCUGUUGAAAAGUUUGAACUUGUUAGAAAGUGGAGCCUUAACACAUAUAAGUGUACGCGCCAGAUCCUCUCCGAGAAACUAGGUCGGGGCUCCAAAACAGUGGACCUGGAGCUGGAAUCCCAGAUAGAAAUCCUUCGAGAUAACAAAAAGAAGUAUGAGAAUGUACUGAAGCUGGCACAGACUCUCUCCACACAGCUCUUCCAGAUGGUACAGACCCAGAGGCAGUUGGGAGACGCUUUUGCUGAUCUCAGCUUAAAGUCUCUAGAGCUACAUGAGGAGUUUGGAUACAAUGCAGAUACGCAGAAACUUCUUGCCAAGAAUGGGGAGACUCUUCUGGGGGCCAUGAACUUUUUUAUUUCUGGCGUAAAUACUCUAGUUAACAAAACCAUUGAAGACACCCUGAUUACUGUGAAGCAGUACGAAACAUCCAGGAUUGAGUAUGAUGCAUACCGUACAGACCUUGAAGAACUAAACAUGGGCCCACGUGAUGCCAUCACUUUGCCGAAGAUUGAGCAGUCACAGCAGCUUUUCCAUAGCCAUAAGGAGAAGUAUGACAAAAUGCGCAAUGAUGUUUCUGUCAAACUCAAAUUCCUGGAAGAGAACAAGGUAAAAGUAUUGCACAAUCAACUUGUCUUGUUCCACAAUGCUAUAGCCGCCUACUUUGCAGGAAAUCAGAAGCAACUCAAAGAGACGCUCAAACAGUUCCACGUGAAAUUGAAAACCCCGGGCGUGGACGCCCCAUCCUGGUUGGAAGAGCAGUAAUAAAAGCAGAGGAAAUGGUUUAAGCAGAUUGGAUAAAUCUAGUUAACAAGGGGACUGAGGGGAAAGUGACAACCCUAAUAUUUUAUAUACAGACCACUUUUUGUCCUCCCUGUUUGUAAUACUUUAACAAUCAUGUCCAAAUCGGUGUAAAAGGCUUUAAUAGAUCCAAAUUUACUUUCUGUAAUGUAACUAGGGGGGAAAAAAGUUUGUUUUUCUAUAAUAUGGGGUUUGAAAAUAAUUUUCUGUGGUAAAAAAAAAUAAAAUGCAAUGUAGAUUUGCACUGACAACAAAAAACUUGGCUUGGUUUGUGGCCUACAAUAUACGGGGCAGUUGUAAUAUUUUUGAAUUGUACCAUGAACACCUGAUUUUCUAUGACUAGAUAAAACAAAGAGUCACUUUCAUGUAAUGUUUUGAGAGGCGAGCACACAGAUAUUUUGUGAAGUGAGGGGAGAAACAUUUUAAUACUUGUAAAUAUAAAACAUUUAUAUGGUAAAAUAUGGGGCUACUUAGACUGUUCAUUGGCUUUGCUAGUGCAGCAAAUACUUUUAAAGGCACAGUUUUCACUUUGGGAAAUUAUAAAAAAUAUUUUAUUAGAUGACAUUAUCCUGAAUGGUUUUCUCUCUUUUUUUAAGUCAUUAAAUUGUGAUACUGGGCUUAAUUAUUAAUAGGUUUUCUAUGAGAUGUGUCUCAGAGGCUGCUAAUCUUAAACUGGCCAUACAUGGAACCCAUCAUAUUGGAUUUCCAGUACAUGUAUGCUGGUCCUGAGUGAUAUAUUUGUACCAUGGAUAUCAGUUGAUACGUCAGUUAGACAUGUCGAAAAAUUCCAUCUGACUAUGCACUAUAUCUAGUAGUGUGUGUGGUACAUUGGCAGAGGAGAGAAUGAAGAGAACCCACAGCUCUUCUUCAUUUCAUGCUGUUCUGAUGAUUUGGGCUGUUGGCCCCAAUAAACAGAACAAUAGAAAGGUAGCCAUACAGUGUUUGGUCACUAUUAUGGUAUCUGUACCUGAGGCCUGUGGGGCGAUAGGUCAGGUACAGAUCAUCCAGUGUAUGGCCAACAUUAGGGUCUUAAUGGUAAAUGGUUGCAAACAAGGCACCACCCCAUUCUUUACUAACAACUCUUGAACGGCUCCAGAAAUACAUACUGAUCUCAAUGAGAUGAAGAGGUUAUUUGCUAAUGUGUCCCAUUCAACUUAAGUAUAUACACAAAACUCCUGAUAUAGUUAAAUGUGUUCAUUAACCCCUGAUUAAUACAUUUAAAGUUAAUCCUAAAGACAAAACAUUUUAUUUUGGUUGUGCAGCCAGCGGGGAAACACUAUUUUAACGCAACAAAAUGCCCUGUGAUGCUAAAGGGACUUUUUUUUUUAUUUCUAGUUUUCCUUUAGGUGCCACAGAUGUAAAACUAAACAAGCCAGUAUUACAGAACAGUACCUUGUAGGAACACAUCUCUAACUUCUAAUGACUUUGCCAAUUAGCAGCAAUUACAGUUUUCAGAGUUUGCUGUUAGAAAUGAUUCAUUACAUGGAAAAUGUUAUACAUUCAUAGCUUAGCUUUGAACUCCCACAUUUUUUCUGUGAUCAAUAUAUCUUCUGCAUUCUUCAUAAUGUAAUAUAUUACCAAACAGAUUGAAUUCGAUUUGAAUUAGAACAAUGUUUAUAAUUGGCUUGAAUUUGUGAUGCAGAAAUGCCCAAGAAAAUUAAGAAUGGAUUGACAAAGUGAUUUCUAUUCAGAAAUAUGCUAAUGUCAUAAUUGGUUUGGGAUCUCACUAAGUUUCAGCACCAAAGCUACUUUUAAGGCAGUGAAAAGAUGUAAGAAAAAUUGGUAUCUUUAAAAGGUCUUAAUUUGCAAUAGAAACAUAUUUUUUUUCUUUUUGUUGUGACUGGCCUAAAUUCUUUAUCUUAACCUUUGCUAAGAUGCCCAUUAAGUUCUUGGAUAGAAGUGUUUGCCAGCUUUGUACUGGGUUUAGGAGUGAUUAUGACCAGUUCUUGCAGGUGGAUUUGCCCCAGAAUGAUCAUGUAAGGUGGGUGAUGCUUGGGCACUUCAGCUUUCAAACAGUGCCACUGAUUCUUUAUCAAAUUGAAAUGUGAGCUUUGGCUGGGCCAUUGUAGGGUAUUUACCUUUAUGUCCGUAAUCCACUUAAGUGAUAAUUAAGGUGCUCAUACACUGAAUGUUCUGCUCAUUUGGUGAGCCUGCCAAAUUAGCAGAUCUUUCUCCAAUAUGUCCACCUUGAGAUGGGUGAUAUCAGAUAGAUCUGACCCAAGGGCCAAAUGAUCAAAUCACAUUGGUGGGAUGUAGGCCAUUGGACGGAAACCACAUCAGUCAGCCAAUGUAGGGCCCUAUACACAGGCCAUAUAUAUUUUUGUAGAGCCACAUUUGCACAUAAGAAAUGUUUUGGUUUUCAUCCUGCAGGCAGCUUUUAUCGGCCCAUGUAUGGCUACCUUUAGGACUUUUCUUUGGCAUCAUUGUCCUUUGAAAGAUUAUAUUUCACCCACCUACAAAUCUGCCACUGCCAAAAAAAUCAUACCUAGAGGAAAGUAUGGUGCUGAUAGAAUGAUGCUGUGAAGAUGCUUUGCAGCAUUGGAACUGCUCACCUUGCUAACAUAGGAAGAAUGGAUACUGCAAAAUAUAGUCAUAAACUGCAAUAGAAUCUGUUUCAGUCUGCUUUAGCAGGAAAGUUCAUCUCUCAGUAGGACAAUAAUCCCAACCUCAAAACCAAAUUGGCUUAAGAAUAAAAUGUUCUACAAUGGUCUCUGUUCAAGUGAGAAUCUGUAGCACUAUAUAAACACUGUGUUGCACAAGUGUUAUACUAAUCUUCCUGGAAGCAUAGGCUAAAAUCUAUAGUGCGCAAAGCUGGUACAUACUUACCCCCAAAAGCGGUUACUGCUGUAAAACUUGCAGGGACUGAAUCAUUUUGCAAACAACAUACUUUUGUUUUUUAUUUUUCUUAAAAGUAAAAAUUAUGACAGAGCCAAAUGUAGGGUAGCAUCUGAUACAUCCCAGGGUAGAAUUAGUCAUUGACAAGGCUCUGAAUAUUAUACCCCAAGCAUAUCCAGUUCCACUGCUCAGACACGGAAUGUUUCUCUUACUACUUUGACAUAAAAGUGAGUGCCCAUUAACACCAUUGAAUGUCCUUGUGCGGGUGAUAAGAAUCUCAGUGCUGAGACUGCCCUAGUCUAUGCCACAUCGCUACCUGACCGGUGUUCUUAAAUGAUGCUGGUGCCAAUACCAUUAUA